AUGUUUGAUUUUAAUUUAUAUUACAGGCAAAAUUUUAUUCGAAGGAAAGAUCUUAACGAUUUUAUAACCGAUAUGAGUGAUGAAGCAGAUGUAUUGUUUUACUUUACCACAAUAGUUCAAUACGAUCCAGAAAGACCACCAAUUCAUCCAGAACAUUAUGUUUUGGCUACUCUUAAUAAAACGUACUGUGAAGAAGUGCCAAAGUUAGAUACAUCAAAAUGGAAAAUUGAUCUUUGUAAGCAUGAAUCCAUUUUAAAUGGAUAUUUUGUUGAGCUAAGAGUCGAUUUUGCAAGUAAACUUUUCAUCGAAAAAUCAUCAAAAGUGUUACGCUUUGGAACAACUGAAAUCGAAUUACAAUGA